CGCUUACGACAUUGUUUCGACACCGUUUACAAGGAUACACUACGAUACCAUACUCUUGCAAGCAAAGGCAAGCAAUCUUUAUCCAUACUGUUUUAUCCUCCUUUCUUGCACUAGGAUCUCACACUGCUAGUAUUGAUCCAUGCCUAAAUUUAUAUAUCAUGCUCUUGACAACCUUGAAGCCAAGCUAUGAUCCAAACAGCUACCGGACAAACGCCCACUUCCAUUACGGACGUGACGAACGUUUCCUCCUUCCGAAAACAAGAACCUGCGGCCGCCGGCCCGAGCUCGAACUCGGCAGCCAUGGCCUCCCAACUAGGGCCGCCGACGGCGAGAUAUACCCCACCGGCUCCCAGCACCAUCACUUCUAUAGGAAACGACCUUCUCCUCGAGAUCUUCCUCCGUCUCCCCUCCCUCCCGAGCCUCGUCCGCGCCGCCCUCGCCUGCCUCACCUUUCUCCACGCCGUCCGUUCGUCCCCCGUCUUCCGCCGCCGAUUCCGGUCGCUCCACCCAUCCCCAUUCCUUGGCCUUUUUAUCGAGUCCUACAGCUGUUCCAUCCCUUCUUUCGUCCCCCUCCGCCGCCGGUCCGACUCAGACCUCGCCGCCGCGAUACGCGGCGCUGAUCUCUUCCUCACCCGACUCCCGGAAGACAACGACGACCCCUCUCCCGGGUGGGAGAUCCAGGGCUGCCAAGAGGGCUACGUCGUCCUGCUCCACCGGAGCACCUGGCAGGUUGCCGCCUACAACCCCCUCACACUGGUUCUGGAUUUCUUGCCUCAACUGCCCCAUGAGAUGUCCCGCUCCCGCUCCCUCGAGAUCCACGUCGUCUUCUCCAAAGAGGGCAAGGGGUCGUUCCGUGCGGUCUGUGUCCACCACCUCAGGUCCCCGCGGCGGGCGCGGGUGCGCAUCGCCGUCUUCUCAUCGGACGACAGGGACAAGGGGUGGCUGAUUUUGCCGUGGGUGGAUACCGCGACGCCACAGCCUGGGGAUGAUGGAGACGACAAGCUCAGGUUUCACACUGGUACCCUAGUGAAUGGAUCCAUCUAUUGGAAGCGCAAGAACCAAGCCUACAUGCUUGUGCUCAAUACUGCGACAUUGCAGUUCUCUCAAAUGGAUUUGCCGCAACCCCUAAAAAGGAAGCAAUCCGCAAACCUUAGGCUUGGUCAGAGCAAGGAUGGCGAGCUCUGCAUCGUUUGCGCAGAUGACUCCCGUGCAAAGGAGUGGAUGCUUGUUGUUUGGUUCUGGAGAGCCAAAGAUGACGGUGCCAAGAGAUGGAUUGAGAAGAGGUUUCCAUUGCACAAGAUUAUUGAGUUCACCAAGUGCUCAAUAGAAGAUCAUAUCGUGGUGAACAGUGUGGCAGUUGUCGACGGCUUUGUGUACCUGUCUAGUUACUGUGACUCGACUACUGAAUCUCCUGAGUGGUUUCUAUCCUUCUGCCUUGAAACAGCGGAGCUCAUCAAACUCUUCCGGGGUACAUAUGACAGCCCUCUCCAUCCCUACAUCAUGGCCUGGCCACCUUCUUUGGUGUGCAACAAGGUGAGCCCGACCUUGAAGGAUAUCUGAUAGCACACUGACAUUGACAACAUUUGAGGCUGCAAGUUUCUCUUCGGAGGAUUCAGAAACCAAAGUAACUGGAGCCAAUGUUGUAGAAGAUGGUUUGUAAGCACAGAGAAAUUCCCCUCUGUUCUUGUCACAGUAGUGCGAUCAUGCAAAGAAGCUUUGAUUAGUGAUGAUGGGGCAAAAGUCGUGGAGAUAGAGGCCUUAUUGCUUUCGAGGGUGAGAAGAAGUCUGAGCAAAAUUGCUGCUCUAGAUACAGAAUUGACAACUGUGAGGGGUCACAUCUUGAGGAUAGGUGCUCUUGGAUAGCUACAGGGAAUAGACAAAAACAGAGAGCUGAUGAUAUGUACAAGGAGAGGCCGUGGAGAGCAUGUGACCACUUAUUUGCCAGUUGAACAAGCCUCUCUGGAAGGGUCACAACGUUUUUCUUCUGUUGAGAUAAACGGUAUUUCUUCUGUUGAGAUGAGCUUUUAUUCAGCGUGGCUACCUCCCAGGCAAGAGCUUUUAUCUUGAUCUUCAUGGAGGUUUCUGUGUUGCUGUCUAUGAUUGAGUUUGGUGUUGCACUUGAUCCAUCUUACAACACUUUAUGUCCACCCUAUUAUUUUAGUCUAAACAGUUCUUCUCA